CCUGUUCCGCGGGAUGUACCCAGUCGCCGUCACUCCUCCCAAGCCCUAACCAAAAAUCCAUCCCCCCCUUGCCGCUGGCGGCGGCCACCACCGGCGAGCCGGCGUCCCCCCGCCUACCUUGCCCCGGAGCCCGACUCCACCGGCGAGCCCUCCCCUCCCCGCCGACGAGCGCGCCCCUACCCCCUACCGCCGGGAGCGCGCGCGUCCGCUGCGCAUCCUCGCGCCGUCGGGUGACUUGUGGCAAGCAAAAUGGCUUUCUCAUCGGUUUUCAGGAGAGUGAAUGUCAAAGAGCUGAUCUCAAAUGCUUCAGUGUAUGCUAGCGCAGCAGAAUCUUCUGGAGCAAUGAGCUUGGUGUUUAGACGCUGGGCCACCAAGAAGACUGCUGGAUCAACAAAAAAUGGCCGUGACUCCAAUCCCAAGUAUUUGGGUGUCAAGAAGUUUGGUGGAGAGAAAGUGGAACCAGGAAACAUCAUUGUCCGCCAACGAGGAACGCGUUUCCACCCUGGGAACUACGUCGGCAUGGGCAAGGAUCACACUCUCUUCUGCCUGAAGGAAGGCCACGUACGAUUCGAGCGCAACAAGCUCACUGGCAGGAAAUGGGUUCAUGUUGAGCCUGUGGCUGGUCAUGUGCUCCACCCUGUCUACGUCAAUGGCUCGACUACUGCAGCUGACCUGGAUGCACAGUUGUAGCGGCCAUGCAGUUGCUUAUGCUUGUCAUCAUCACCACCAAGUGCCUAUUAUUACACAUUGCAACUUGUUCCAGUAAAGAUGCUUGCGAGUAAGAAAUGCUGCUAUACGUAGUUUCAGUGAGGACUGAGGAGCAGAGAAUUUCAGCUUGCUUAA